AACCAAACAAUAAUGCUGAGGUUUGCUGUCACCUUCUUUGCUGUCAUAACAUCAUCUACCUGCCAAAAAUACGGAUGUCUGGAAGGGGACACCCACAAACUGAAGCCAAGUCCUGAACCAAAUAUGCAUGAAUGCACUCUGUACUCUAAAUCUUCCUGUUGCUAUGCAAACUUCACAGAGCAAUUGGCUCAUUCCCCAGUAAUUAAAGUAAACAACAGCUACUGGAACAGAUGUGGGCAGCUCAGUAAAUCCUGCGAAGAUUUCACAAAGAAAAUUGAGUGCUUUUACCGGUGUUCUCCACAUGCUGCUCGCUGGAUCCAUCCCCACUACCCUGCUGCUAUUCAGUCUGUUCCACUGUGUAAAAGCUUUUGUGAUGACUGGUAUGAAGCCUGCAAAGCUGAUUCCAUAUGCAUUCAUAACUGGCUGACGGACUGGGAAUGGGAUGAAAGUGGAGAAAACCACUGUAAGAAUAAAUGUAUUCCAUACAGUGAGAUGUAUGCAAACGGGAUUGACAUGUGCCAGAAUAUGUGGGGGGAGUCAUUUAAGGUGAGCGAAUCCUCCUGCCUCUGCUUGCAAAUGAAUGAGAAGGACAUGAUGGCAAUGAAGUAUCUCCUCUCCGAAAGCUCAGAGGAAAGUUCCAGCAUCAGCAGCAGCGAGGAGCAUGCCUGCCAAAAGAAACUCCUGAAGUUUGAGAAACUGAAAGGAGAGGAAGGGGAACAGACAAGAUAAAUGCUGGUGGAUGUAUGUCAGGACAAGAGAAAUUGUUGUGGAGGCUGGACUCAGGGCAUCAUGCCAGCCUGCUUUAUCCCUUACUUCCUAGAACACAAUAAAUCAAUGGCUGGUUAUAUUAA